AUGUCUACGGAAUCUCCGCGUUACGCUAUUUUAUGCUCGUACUCUGACAUUUUACAACGUUCGUUCGCGCUAUAGCAUCUGAAGCGUUGCUAUGGAGACGCUACCACGUCGGCAACACUGGAGACGGUAGUGAGAAUGCCUGACUUUAUUUCUCCAACAACGAAAGCAACGUGCAAAAUAACCUAAUACAGUUGAACUUUAUUCAACUAUGGGAUAGAGUUGACCUCUGGAGAAAUGAUGCAUGUAACCAGGCCGAAGUCUUCUAAAGGACGCAGUAGACCAUCCACUCAGAGUGUGGAUACACCUGUGCAGCACUCGUCACUUUCACCCCAACCACCAGCCAAGGCAAAUGAUAAAUUCAACCAAUGCAUCCGAUCCAGAGCAAUUCUGAGACGCAGCAGUCAGACGAGCACAGAGAGAUCGGCUGACAUAUAUGACAAAUCCCCGGAAGAGCACGUCUCACUCAACAAAUACAGGGUUCUCCCUUCCAUUGAGAAAAAAACAGCAGUGAAUGGACCCAGCACAAGUGCACAAUGGAAGGCCUUACAGUUUAGCCCAGGUGGCAACAGUUGGAGGAUAUGCAGGCACCAAUGUGAGCAAAGCAGUUUACAUGUUCUCACAAAGGCCAAGGGCAAUACAGGUAUGAGGAAUAGUUUGAAUACCUCGAAGCCACCAAACCAAUCAGAGUCAAAGGGGACAGGAAGUGACACAGGUCAAACCUCUCGAGAUGAACCAGACCUGCUGCUUGCUAUCAGAACUCCAAGUGGUCAAAGAUUCAAGUGCCAUUUCCACCCAACAGACAAGCUCCAGGCCGUGCUAUCAGCCGCAGAGGCUGAAUUUGGAGAUAAGUUUGACAAUUGUCUAAUUGAUACUAUGGAUGUCCCGCGCAGGACUUUUGCAAACUUGUCCUUUGCACAGUGUGGCGUCUUGAACAAAUCGGUUUUAUGCAUUUCUAAAAUUGGCAACAUGGAUUUAACUUGAAACCUAAUAACUGGAUGAAAGUGCUUAUUUUGUAGAUUUAUGAUCAUUAUGAUUUACAGUCCAAUUAACAUUUCAAAUCAAAACUGAUGUUCCUAAUUCUUGAAUUUUUAUAACUAUUGUUGCUAAUCCAUGAAUACUUUUGAUGCACCCCAUCUUAGUUAAAACAGGUGAAUGUUACUUUUGUCACAUGUAAACUGAAGAGCAAACAGCAACAGGAUUUCUU